GUGGGACAGUGUAGUGUAAUCCAAGUUUAAUGUAUUUGUUUAUUGAGUCUUGACAAGACUUUUCAUCGCUAUAAAUUUGCGUUAAAUGCGCCAGCUAGCCAGUGAGCGUCAACAGCCGUUACGUUAGCUGUUAGCUUGUUAGCUGGGUGACGGGUGUUCAGUUAAAUUCGCUGGUCGAGCAAAGCAUGCUACAUUAAGUGUUUAUUUUGGCACCCUUAAUAAUAACAGGAAAAGGAUUGGGGGGAAACCUGUGAAGGUGUGAUGGAAAACGCGGUAGAGGAAACCGGUGAUAAGAAGACCGAUGUAUUCGUAAAAGGUGAAGCUGCCAUCAAACCAGAAUUUCUAACAACCAAAGACAAAUUUCAUGGGUUUAUAGACUCAGAGUCUACAAAAAGAGAAACGACCAGUGAAAAUGACAAAGUUGAGGAGUCAAAGGAGAGUCCUUUUGAAGAACCUGAAGCUAAAAAGCCCAAACUGGAGACGGAGGAGAGAAGUAAAGCGGGAAAACCAGAUGGUAAACGACUACGGGGACAGAAUAAGUCAAGGCCACACAUUAAGCCUACCACCUAUGAAGAAAAAAGACUGUGUCUCUCAGUUAUCAAGGACAAUAGGGAAUGCCCCUUUGGAGACAAAUGCCACUUUCACCAUGACGUAGCAGAGUACAUGGCCACUAAGCCCGCUGACAUCGGGGAAAGCUGCUACCUCUAUGACACAUUUGGGAAGUGUGGUUAUGGUCUUUCCUGCCGCUUCGCAAAGGCGCACACUACACCUGACUUCAAAACCAUGGAGAACGCAGAACUAAUUAAGUCCUGCGAGGGCAAGACCGUGGUGAAGAACAGCCUGAGUAAAGACCUCCAGAAUAGUCUGAGGAAGCGUUCUGUGGCCUUCAAGAAGUCAGCAGAGUACCUCAAAACUCUCUCAAACAACAAAGACAAAAGAGAACCACAAGGAAAUGGUGAUGCAUGUGCACCUGCAGCAUCUGCAGAUCCAACAGGACUGGGGCAGCGUGCGUCAACUGAAGCAGAAACACAGGCACAGGCCAGCCCAGAUAAAGAGCCUCCAGUGAAGACUAUUGGCCCACUGACUGAUGUAGAUGUCAUCAAGUUGCGCCAAUGUGAAAAGAAACAGGUGGACUUUCAAGACAAGCUCUACCUUGCUCCUCUAACAACUUGUGGAAACCUACCAUUCCGUCGUGUGUGCAAGCGCUUUGGAGCAGACAUCACCUGCGGGGAGAUGGCCAUGUGCACGAACCUGCUGCAGGGACAGCAGUCAGAGUGGGCCCUUUUGAAACGGCAUGAAAGUGAAGAUGUUUUUGGCGUCCAGGUGGAAGGCUGCUUCCCCGACACCAUGACGAGGUGCGCAGAGCUCAUUAACAACAACACUGAUGUUGACUUUGUAGACAUCAACUCUGGAUGCCCAAUUGACCUUGUCUACAAAAAGGGUGGAGGCUGUGGCUUGAUGACACGUACCAGAAAGUUUGAACAGAUAGUCAAGGGAAUGAACUAUGUCCUUGAUGUCCCUUUGACAGUCAAAAUUCGCACUGGUGUUCAGGAGAAGUGCAACAUUGCACACAAACUCAUCCCUGAGAUGAAGAAAUGGGGCGUCUCAAUGAUCACAUUGCAUGGCCGAUCCAGAGAGCAGCGCUACACUAAGUUAGCUGACUGGGACUAUAUCACCUCCUGCUCCAAGCUGGCUAGUCCCGUCCCACUUUUUGGUAAUGGAGACAUUUUGUCCUAUGAGGAUGCCAUGAAAGCGAGGGAGACUGGUGUUUCUGGUAUUAUGAUUGCAAGAGGUGCUCUCAUUAAGCCCUGGAUCUUCACUGAAAUAAAGGAGAGCAGACACUGGGACAUCUCGUCCAGUGAGCGACUGGACAUACUGAGGGAUUUCAGCAACUUCGGCCUGGAGCACUGGGGCUCUGACACCAGGGGUGUGGAGAAGACCCGCACCUUUAUGCUGGAGUGGCUCUCCUUCAUGUGCAGAUAUAUUCCAGUGGGUCUGUUAGAGCGAGUGCCUCAGAAGAUCAAUGAGAGACCUCCGUACUACAUGGGCAGAAACUAUCUGGAGUCACUGAUGGCCAGUCAAAACGUUGGUGACUGGGUCAGGAUUAGUGAAAUGCUACUUGGACCUGUACCGAACAAUUUCAACUUUUUGCCCAAACAUAAGGCCAACGCCUACAAGUGAAUUUCUACUUCACUACUAAAAAAACAAGCAGGUUUUUCUUUUGGCUCUAGAGAAUAAGAUUAAAAGAAAGGAAAUUAUUGUUUUAAAUGAUAAAGACUAUUGAAUAGUCUGCUUAUUUGACUUGUGUUGCAGUAGUAGACUAUAUGGGUGUUUGUGUUCUUGUACUGAAAGAAUAAACUCUUUUGCCUCCCCGAGAAA